CGGUGGCCUCUGUUUCCGGUCUAGCCGUUAGCAGCAGCACUAGCUGCCUGUCAACAUCACGCCUCUUCCGAGGACUUCUGUGUUUUGUCUUUUAACUGUUUGUCCCCGGCACAGCCCCGACUGUCCGUCGCCAUGUCCAUGUACCAGGUAAAGCCCGUCUGUCCGGACAUAAAGAUUGAUUUGCCCACCUGCAUGUACAAGUUACCGAAUAUCCACACGAGGCAAGGGAACAGCUGCAGCCCGGACCAUGCGCUUCAGAAUGGUGACGUGGACCCAGCAGUCAAGGCUCUGGAGGCUCGCCAGGAUGAGAUCAUGAGAAAGCUGUACGAGCUGAAAGCAGCCGUGGAAGGGCUCGCCAAGACUGUCACGACCCCUGAUGCAGAUCUGGACGUGACGGUCAGCAGCAGCCUCUCCUCCCAAAGCUCCAGCUGUGCCAUCUUUAAAGGAACCACAAACCUGGACGCACUGCUGGGGAAGGACCUGGGCGCGCUCCGUGACAUCGUCAUAAAUGCAAACCCUGCGAAGCCACCCCUCACGCUGCUGGUUCUCCACGGCCUGCUGUGUCAGCGCUACCGGGUGCUCUCCACUGUCCACGUCCACUCUUCUGUAAGCGGUGUGCGGCCACAGCUCCUGUCCUGCCUUGGUCCCAAACACGCAGACAGCUAUGCCCGCCAUAUGUUCCAGCUGGGCUUCACCCUCAUAUGGAAAGACGUUCCCAAGCCGCAAAUGAAGUUCAGCGUCCGCAACAUGUGUCCCAUUGAGGGCGAGGCCAACGUGGCGCGCUUCCUCUUCAAGCUGCUCGCUCCCUACCCCAGCUACCCCGCCCUGGCCACGCUGGUGGACAGCUGGGUGGACACGGCGUUCUACCAGCUGGCGGACGGCAGCGCCAAGGAGCGCGCCGCUGUCCUGCGGGCCGUCAACUCGGCCCUGGGUCGCGGCCCCUGGCUGUCCGGACCGGAGUUCUCCCUGGCCGACGUCGCCUGCUACUGCUGCUUGUUGCAGAACGGCCCGGCGGCCUCCACCGCCGCCAACGUCCAACGCUGGAUCAAGUCCUGCGAGAACCUGGGUCACUUCGGUCCCGCUCAGCUCCUCGUAAAGUGACCAGGGCUGUCUUAGGACCAGAAACCAGAGGCAGCGUGACAGAGGGGCAUUAGAAUAAAAAAUUAUCUCAGCUAUGUCUUGAACUCCUUCUAAUUCUUCCCCACCUUGUUGUAGUGUAACAGACUCGGAGGGUAAAGUCAUGUAAAAGUAUUUAUUUCUGCCAUGCUGCUUUUAUAAAAUGAAAGGGGGGGGGUGCAUGAGAGGGAUCCAUAGACGAGUGUUUGGUGAUGGAUUAAAUUAGAAAUACUGACGGAGGUUGUAACACAAAUACACUGACUCUCCUCUAACUUUGUGCCUAACAUGAUCCUGUUCCAGAUGCGUGUGGCGUGGGGUGUGACCAAGUCUUUUCACGAGUAAUACUUCAUAUCAUUUGGGGUUUUUAGACAUUAAAAAGAAACUUGAAUUUGCAUCAAA